AUGAUCAACCCACCACCUAGAAAGUAUAUGCGCUCCGAUGCUACAAAAUUAUCUUCUGCAGAUUAUGAAGAUAUCAUGCAAUACCGAGAUAUGAAGUUCAAGCCUCUGGAUCAAUUAAGAAAGAAAUUCCAUGUAUCAACUUCUCGUUUAUAUCAGAUUUGGAGAAGGCAGAAGGAUGUACCAGAGGUUUCA